AAGAUACUCUUUCUUUUUGCUUUCAUUUCAUCAUCAUCGUCAUGCUUUUUCCUCUCAUUUGAACACACGCUCUUCAUCCUCUUCAUACAAACCUUCUUCUUCUUUUCCUUCAUUCAUGUCACUCUUCAACUCUUCUUUCUUCCUCUGAUCCGUUUCUUCAUGGGUUGUUUUCCCUCCAAACACACUCGCAAGAGAAAUGCUAGUUUCAAGCCACAACAAUCAAGUGUCUCUUUGGUUCAGGAUCAAUCCAAAACCCUAAUUAGCCCUUCACUACAACAACUCCAAGAUAAAACUGAGGAGCAACUAAGUGUUAGCACCAGAAAAAAAGUUACUUUUGAUUCCAAUGUGCAAACUUAUGAACCUGAUUUGCCUGAUGAGGUUUUAGAUUUUUCACCAGAGAAGAAGAAUGAAGAAGGUGAAAAGGAGGAAGCUUUGGCUAAACAAAGCGGUUCGAAGUCAUCUUCUUCUGAAGAUAGUUCUGUGACUUCAACCGGUUCUUACCCUUCUAAUCACCGGUACCAAAAUUGCAGGGAUAGUGAUGAUGAAGAAGAGAUUGAGGAUUGGGAAAGUGAAAUCAGUGAUGAGGAUGAGAGUGAUGGAAUUGAAGGAGAAUGUGAAUUGGGUGUGGAGUUUGAAGAAGAUGAAAUGGCAUACUCAAGGUCAAGAAGGGUAAUAAAUGAUGCUGUUGAAGUUGAUCAUGUGUUUACUGAGGAGGUGGAGAGUCCUAUCCCUAUUUGUGAAAGAGAUGUGAAGUCAAUUGGGUUCAAUUCCAAUGCUAGAGACAGAAGUGUUUAUGUUCAUCCCGUGCUGAACCCGGUCGAAAAUCUCUCCCAGUGGAAAGUUGUUAAGGCUAAACGGACAAUACCAUUAAGGCCUCUUAAAGAGAAUAAUGUUUGUUCCAAUUCCAACCAUGAAUCACAGGUUGCAUUUGGUGUUAAGGAAGUUUCAGAAACCGAAACACCUAAGAAGUUGAACCGGGAAAUCGCAGUCGAUGCUAGCCUUUCUAAUUGGUUGGCUUCGUCGGAGACUACACCUGUUAACAAGGCUUGUUUGUAUGGCGGUGGUGUUGCUGCUACUCCUGACAGGAGCGCCUCACAACAAGGUUCAAAUUCUGUGAUAAGUCAUGAAGAUAGGCCUAUUUUAGGUGCUUUAACAUUGGAUGAGAUUAAGCAAUUUUCCGCUACUUCGUCCCCGAGGAAGUCACCUUGUAGGAGUCCUGAUGAGAUGCCUAUUAUAGGAACAGUUGGGUCCUAUUGGAAUUUUACUGGCUCUGCCGAGGAUUCUGCCUCAGUCUCAUCCUUUAAAGGAAUUCCAAACACAACUAGCAAGUAUAGAGAGGAUAAGAAGGUGACUUGGCACGCUACCCCGUUUGAGACAAGGCUAGAGAAAGCAUUGAAUAGAGGUGCUGCUGAAGCUGCUUCUACUUGUGUUCCUCAUGUAUUUUAGAAAGAGUUUGCAAGGGAUGUGUUUGAGAAGUGUAUUGUGUUGGGAAUGCAUUUUUUAAUUCUUUCUAUAAAUGAAAUGUAAUGUGUACUUUGUGCUUGUAAUUGUACUUGGCUUUAAAGUUCAAUCUAUUAUGUGUCUCUUUAGUUUGGUUUCACAGCUUAUUUUCAUAUUUAUUCUAAGGCUCAAUAAGUUUCAUAUAA